AUGGAAAGAAAAACCCUAGUGCUAUGUAGUGUUGUGGGUCUGUUGGGGCUAGUUUCAGCCGCUACAGGUUUUGGUGCAGAAGCUACAAGGAUUAAGGAAGAGCAAUUUGUUGCUGUUGUUGGCAUUAAUGAACAACGACAUCGCGGAAGGGAUGAGGAAUAUAAAUUCACUGAGACAGGUUCUAAGGUUCAGUUCACAUCUGCAACUCAAUGUACAUAUCCCCGGAGUCCAGCUCUGGGUCUUGGUUUGACUGCAGCUGUGACUCUUACGAUAGCUCAAGUAAUUAUCAACGUUGCAACUGGGUUCACAUAUGUUAUAGCAUUUCUUUUGUUGUUAACUGGGGCUGCCCUCAAUGAUCAGCAUGGUGAAGAGAGUUUGUACUUUGGCAAUUAUUACUGCUAUGUCGUAAAACCUGGGGUCUUUGCAGCUGGUGCUGUCUUGGCCUUUACAAGUGUGACCCUUGGCAUUCUUUAUUAUCUCACCUUAAAUUCUGCUAAGAAUGGUGAUGAUCCAUGGAAAAAUCCUCCUGUUUCUAAUCAAAGUGGCAUAGCCAUGGGACAGCCCCAGUUUGCACCACAGAGCACCCAAGAACCUGUUUUUGUACAUGAAGAUACAUAUGUGAGAAGGCAGUUCACUUGA